GUUUCUAUACCAUACGUCAGCGCAGCGCGACUCUCGGCCGCGUCCCAGCGCCGGGCGGGACGCCCGUCAAAAUUGAGCUCAGGAGAACAUUUAAUGUUUCUAUAUUUUGCAGAAUAAAGCAGUAACAAUGAAUGCAGUAACAAUGAAUGCAGUAACCUAGAGUCUGACUGGCUCCUGACGGUAGCAAAAGGAUAAAGCUAUGGAGAAGCGAAUGCGAAGAAGUCCAGAGAACCGGGAAGCAGCAGCGGCCGCCGCAGUGUACUCUCUCGGCAGUGACGCGCAGGAAAGGAAUGCAGCGCAUUUUCCCCCAGCAGGAAACAGCUGUAGCCUCCCUGCACAACAUGCAGAGCAUGCAGCAGUGCGGGAGGGCGCAGGGGCGCCAGACCCGGCAUCAGGCAGAUACCAAACUUUUUUUGUGCCUAUGAACAAUUGCUUCCAUGGCUUUGAGAAAACCUCACAGGAGAUGGCUGGGGAUGUGUGGACUAGAGAGUUCCUCGCUGAUCACACCUAUGAAGAAGAGGUGAUUACUGAUUGUUUUGAUGGUUCAAAGCCUCAAAAAGAAACUGCGAGUUGUAUGGGCCGAGAAUCGCCACAACCUUUCGGCUCCGAUUGUGAGUGUAUCAGGGAUAGCAUAGGAUCAGUUGGGGGCACGUACUCUGGUAUUAGUGACCAUAACUGCAGCCAGGAUUGUCCCCGUUUUUCUUGCUACCAGGCGCAGUCAUUGGAAGGAGACGAAGGUGAAGAUGAAGACGGUGGGAAACUAGUGGAGGAGGAUUCUUGGAAGGCAUCUGGUGGAAGAAGGGGGCGUAGAGGUAAAACCCGUAACUAUACAAGAGAUGAAUCCAGAAGAGACGGCCGGCAACCUCCCUCUAGCAGCAAGCACAAACUAGGGCGCAAGAAAAGCCAUGGUGAUGGGAGACACCAGAUUAGAUCACUAGUUCCUCAGCCCUUGCUUCAGUUUUCAAAUUACUGUAUCCGGGUGCUUAUAGACUUGGUGCUGUUGAUUGGUGAAUGUGUGGAGUCCCUUGGCAUGCUGCUGUAUAUCAGGUUAUGGUUGCCUGCUCGUGACUUGGGCAGUUUGAAAAUUCAGUUUCGGACCUUUGGUAUGUGGCUACAACACCGAACUAAGGAUUUCUGGGUCCUCGUUUGUUCUUGUGGAUUAUGGAUUCUGCGUGUGCUGAAGAUGUUGUGUGCUCUGCUUUUCCUGCUGUUCAUGCUUUCAGUGCGCUGUUCAAAGCUUUGUUGGCAGUAUAUUAAGAAAAGUGUGGACAAGGUAGGAGCAGAUAGCAACUGGAGAUCCUGGCUUUCCACAAAAUUACAUAUGAUUCGGGCUUUAGUAACACAAAGCAGGACCUUUAGGUAUUUAAUCAACCUUUUCAGGAAAUGGACAGGGAGAUUUUGGCCUUCCAAGUUAAGGACAGAUAAAAAAAACACAUGGGCCUCUCCAGGAUCAGCUGGUGGCCGCUUCCAGCCCAGGGAUGAACUAGAACGUCUGCUGACUAUGGCUGACAUUCCGGAGGAGGAUUUAAAUCCAUUUCAAGUGUUGGGAGUAGAAAUGGAUGCUUCUGAAACGGAGCUCAAGAAGGCUUAUCGUCAGCUGGCUGUAUUGGUCCACCCAGACAAAAAUAGUCACCCUCGAGCAGAAGAUGCUUUUAAAGUUUUACGUGCUGCAUGGGAUACUGUCAGCAACCCAGACAAGAGGAAAGAGUAUGAACUGAAACGAAUGUCUGAAACUGAGCUGGCUAAAUCUAUGAACGAGUUUCUCACCAAACUGCAGGACGAUCUAAAGGAUGCAAUGAACAGUAUGAUGUGCAGCAAGUGUCAGGGAAAACACAGGAGAUUUGAAAUAGAUCGGGAUCCUGCAAGUGCUCGUUACUGCGCUGAAUGUGGGAAAAUGCACUCGGCAGAAGAGGGAGAUUUCUGGGCAGAAUCUAGUAUGCUUGGACUUAAGAUCACCUACUUUGCUAUGAUGCAAGGCAAAGUGUUUGACAUAACAGAAUGGGCAGGAUGCCAACGUGUAGGAAUCACACCGGACACGCACCGGGUCCCGUAUCACAUUUCAUUUGGCUCAAGAAAUCCUCCAAAUCCAGGACGACAAAGGGCACCCUCAGAAAGCAGCCCAACAUCAGUUGCUGAUUUGCAGAAUCUCUUGAACAGAAUAUUCCAAGGCUCUCCAGGACAAAUGCCUAAUGGGAACAUCUUCCCCUCACCCCAGCAGCCCUCACAGGGAGCUCCGUCCCCAUCUGGACCUUCUAAACCUGACCCUGCACCCAAGAGUGAGACGAAGUCCAAGCGAAAGAAGAAAAUGAGGCGUCCUGUACAGCGAUGAGUGACCCACAUCCACCUGAACUCUAAAUGGCUCCUAAAAGUCAGAGUGGGGUGACAGACAUCCGUUGCACAACUCUUCAAAUGAUUAGUCUCCAGUUAUUUCUUGUCAGACAGCAGUAUGCUGACUAGAACCAAGCUACCAAGGGCUUUAAUUACCAUACAAGUCAAAUGUCUUCUUUCAUUUUAAUCCCCCCAGUCUAUACUCCUGUUGCAGUGGGGACCAGCAAGGCUUUCCAUUGUGAGCACCUAUAACAAAUUACUUACAGCAAAGUUUUAAUUUUCUUUUUUAAUAAAGAGAAACCUUAUCUACUCAUCAUACCAAAGAUUCCUGGUGUAGAGAUCUUUCUGGAUAGAAGAAGUGCUUUCUGUGCAUGAGGUCUGUGAGGGAAACAGACUCUAUAGGACGUAUGAAUGUAGCCUGGCACAGGAAGUCUUGUUAGUUACAGGUAUAUACAGUUGGUCUGUGAGACCACAAUGCUUUUGUCAGUAUAAAGUUGCUGUUCUUUGCUAUCAGGCAUUAGGAAGGUGAAGAAGACACUUGUAUUUCUUAUUUCGUUUUUCCCUAUACAUGGACGUUAAUGUGUGAGCAUACACGCUGGCAUUUGUCUUUUAUGUUGUGCUGUUUUGUUGCAGAUUGUCUUUCUAUACUGUGUAUUGGCACUUAACCAUUGCAAAGAGUAGGUGGUCUGGAAAUAUUCCAGUGAUAGAAGGCCUUUUGGUUGCAAUGGGGUUAUCAUGGCUGCAGUGAUGUGUUUGUUUUGUGUUGCAUUUUAAGACCCAAUAGUACAUCCAUGAUGGUAUAAUGGGAUGAAGAUACUUAAACUCUACUGCUAACUUUUAUACAGUGAUCGAUAAUUCAUAAGAGUGCAGUCUAUUCAUUGUGAACAAGUAACAUUAAAGACAUAUUUCAUGGCAAUUAUUCAUACAGCAUGUUGCAUAUUUCUGGGGCACUUGUUCUUGAAGAAUUGAUAGGCCACAACAAGCUCCCUCUAUGUGCAUCCUGUAUGUAUAAGUGCACUUUAAGUAUCUAUAGAGAAUGAUUGUGCGUAGGUGCACGUGUAAUAUCCAUCCAGGAUGCUGUCAGAGGAACCAGUCCUUUUUCUCUGGAGCUGAAAAAUCCCAUUAUACGGUUCAUAAGUAAGCAAUCUGGUCAUCUUUGUGUGCCAUCCAGAACAUCUUUUACUUUCCUCAUUUUUAUUUUGUGUGCUUAGGCAAUACAAGUGACAAAGUCGGCCCAAGCUUUAUUGUGACAGUAUUUGAGAUUAGGUAUGAUGUUUGUGGCUGCGGCCUGGCCGUGUCACUCAGAUCUAGGCCUCAUUAUAUGGAGAAUUUCUGCAGGAACGGUGUAUAGGACAAUCAAUUUUAACGGGCUGUGUUUCGUUUCUGAAUAUUUUAUAUUUUCUGACUGUGCAAGUGUGAUACCUCUCAGCCCCAAGUCUCAUCCUCACACUGAAAAUGAUUGCGAAUCAAAAAGCAAAAAAAGGCAAUUUUAUCACAGGGGUUAUAAAUGACCUGUCUCUUUGUAGCUGCUGUUGAACCAUGUUUUGUUAGUGGUUGACUCAGGACAAUGAUAGUGUUCAAUAACAGCUAGAGAUCUACAUCCACUUAUCUAACCUGAUAAUCUAUAAAUGUGUUUUAUUCCCUGGUGCACAAAAUCCAGUGGCCUAAUGUUGCUGUUAUAUAACUACAAGUUAUUUCUGCAUUUAGAUUCUGUAUUGCAUACUUACAUUUAGCAGCAGGAUACACUGAUAUCAGACCCAUGACUUCAGUAUAACAGCAACUUGCUGGCUGCGAAGGCUCAAGCAAGAUACAACACUAAUAAGAUUGCUGCAAUUACAGAUGUUGGGGCCUUGUAUUAAAACCUUUCUGGCAAUAUAAUAAUAGGAUUAUAACAAUAAGAAAGAAAUGUUCGUGUUGCACUUCAUGUGAAAAUUUUAAAGGACUAAUAACAAAUCCAUAAUGCGGAGCUGCUUUUAUUGAUCUGUGUAAUCCCCCAGAAUACAGUUUUGAAUAAUGCUUUUUUUUUUUUUUUCAUUAUUUUUUUUUUUUUCCAAUCAUAAUUUACUCCUUUAAUUCCAGACUGCAUUAAUUAGAGGGAACAGCUGAAAUGUAUUUGUCUUUAAUAAUCGCAGUAUGGGGUUGAGGGGGAUCCUCAGGUUUGAGGGAUUUAAAAUGGUUGUGUAUUAAAAUUUUGUUAAAUUAAAACUUUUAUGCCUUGAA